UAGGUAAGCAAUGAAUUAUAGCUAUCUCGAAGUGUGCAGGUUAUUAAUGUAAAACUCUUCACAAUGGAAACACGCUAUUGUUGUUACCUCUUGUUUUCUUUUGUUUUACACAUUGUCAGCUCUAUCCCGUCGUCAGCAUUUUAUCCCUUUGGAUCGUCCGUGAAUGACCAUUCUUUUCCAAAGAAUGAUGACGGAAGCUCGCCAAUGGUCAAAAUCAGUACUUUUUUCCCGUUUUUCAACAGCCAGCACGACUCAUUAUUUGUUAAUACAAAUGGCGCCAUAUCUUUUCAAAAAACACUAAGCCAGUUCACGCCGGCUCCUUUUCCACUCCAAGAUCACCGCAGUAUUGUGGCCCCCUUUUGGGCUGACGUGGACAUACGAAAUGGUGGAACAGUGUGGUAUCGGGAAACUACUGAUCCCGCCAUCCUACAGCGGGCGACGGACGAAAUCCGCCUCUACAAUCCAGACCAGUCUGAUUUCCAUGCCAGCUGGGUAUUUGUAUCUACAUGGGACAAUGUAGCUUUCUACGGAGCGUCGACAAUUGGCAAAACCAAGAGAAACACGUUUCAGUGUGUACUCAUUACAAAUGGCCGUCACUCUUUCACAGUGCUUAACUACGCUAAAGUCACGUGGACCACGGGAACUGCCAGUAAUGGUAACGCUGACACGGGACUUGGAGGAACACCGGCCCAGGUUGGUUUUAACGGAGGUGACGGCGUAAAUUUCUACGCAUUAGACGAAUCCCGUACGUCAGCUAUUGUCAACCUUGCCCAUUUGUCUAAUGUGAAAAACGGUGGUAAAUUCGUAUUCCGGAUUGACACGGCUAAAAUUGAAAAAGGCGGAUGUAAUACUGGAGGCACCCUGGUAGUGUACCCCUUCCAAGUCACAAUGUUUGGGAGCCAGGAGAUCACGGUAUCAGGUCCCUGUUUUACCGCCAAUGACACGGUGUGGAUCACCUUCCCAAACAAUGACAGUCAACCAUGCGUGAGGAAGUCAGAGUUCAGCGCGAGAUGUCGCACACCCACUUUUUACGUCACCGGGACAAUCGAUAUGUCAAUGCAUAUCACUACGGCAGACGGCCAUAUGUCUAGUUACAGAGGAUUUUGCUCGGUCGUGAAUCCCUUGCAGAGCGAACCUGGUUUGGUUCGAGUCUUCGUUGGUGACUGGGCCCGUGGAAAAACCGUGACCGUUAACUGGCGUCCCGAUAGUUUGUUGUUUACAGAAAGUCGAGCCAAUAUAGAUGUUUACACCAUUGAGCCAAACGACGCCGGCCUGCCUCGAUUCAUCUUUGAGAAAACGUUGGCUAACUCUGUUAUCAUCAGACAGGCCAGAGCUUCAUUUUUAUUUGAUGUAGAAACCAAUGUUGUAGUUCUCAAAAUGACUGAAACUGGACAAAAGAAUGAGACAAAAUUACGUCACAGUGCUUGGUCAGACGCGUUUGUUGUCAAGCCAAAUCUGAAUAGCGUGAAGGGACACGAAGAAGCCAAAGACACAUGCCGCAGACAAAUGGUCUCGGACGACAAAUUACCUUCUUUGACAGACCUAAAUAUCCAACCAUGUCCAUGUAUGGAGGAUCAAAUUGAGAUAGACCUCGCCAGGUUUCGCCCCGACCCUCUUUGUAACAACCAGCUUUCGGAAAAUCUAGACUUUCGAACCUCUCGGAACUGCCAGCAAGCCGAGGCCAAGCAGUGCUACAGACUCAACGCUCCAGGACCCAACGGUUCCGGUCGCCUGUGCUGCUACGAUUACCUUGGUAACCUAAUGGAUGCCAAGACUCCGUCCGGAGGAGGUACUGCACACCGAUAUCACUACCUUGGGGGGCCUGGAAAUGUACCUUACCUUUCAACACUGGUAUUCGAUACGUUCCCUUACUUCUACUGCUGUAAAUACGCAAAGGAGAUUGCAGGAAUGUCCAUGUGUACCCAGCUUCUCCGACAGCGACCCCAGGGGGACUGUAGGAAUUAUCAACCAAUCAGAUCAGCGCGACUGAGUGGCGAUCCCCAUUUUACGACGCUUGAUGGCUUACCAUAUACGUUCAACGGUGUUGGAGAAUUCAUACUGCUGAAACAUAUUAACGAUACAUUCUCUGCUCAGGUCCGAAUGGAGCAAGUUGCUGGUCCCAAUGGUGUUUUACGUAAGGCGAGUGUGAUAACCGCUUUCUCGGCGAAAACACUUAACGUGUCCGAUACUGUUGAGGUCCGCCUGAACUCGAUCAGGGUAGCAGAUGUUCUGGUGAAUGGUGAAAUUGUGGACUUCACUCAUUAUAGAUCUCUCCAUUUCAUUGGUGUUUCAACAACGAUGACAGAACACAAUAGCACAGACGGGUCAUCCAAACAGAUCAACAUUAUUUUUACUGAUCCCAGCCUGGCGUUUCGCAUACUAGCAUAUCCUUCCCUACUCAAUGUCGUCGUAGUGUCGGGGUCCGACAGCUUACGAGGAAAUAUCACAGGACUUCUGGGGAACUACAACGACAACGCGACGGAUGACUUCACUACAGGAGAUGGCCGUAUUCUCUCCCCCAACACCACAGCGAGGGAGAUACAUCGGGAGUUUGGGUCGACAUGGAGAGUUCGCAGACAAGAUUCUCUGUUCACUUACCCCAUUGGUAAGAACUACACGACAUUCCAGGAUGUAGCGUUCACUCCUGUUUUUCCGGAGCCCAAUCAAACGUUCACACCGGAGGCUCGGAAUAUCUGUGGUGAUGACGUAUUUUGUCUUUACGAUUACCACACCACCGGGCGGGCGGAUAUCGCGGUAGCAACAAGGGCGGCUACUCAGAUAUUCGAGAGCAUACAAAGACAAGCGGAACCAGUUAUUGCGUGUAACCACCCCCUUGAUGUCGCAUAUGGAUACUGGAAUAGUACCGGUCUGGUCGUGAACUCAACUGCUGUCCUCGUUUGUGACGGAGGAAGACGACCUUACAGUUCUGACGUCAUAUCCUGUACAGUAGACGGUACAUGGGAACACAGCAAUGAUGCAUGCAUAGAAAUUAUUGCGUGUAACCAACCCCUUGAUGUCGCAUAUGGAUACUGGAAUAGUACCGGUCUGGUCCCUAACUCCACUGCUGUCCUCGUUUGUGAAGGUGGAAGACGACCUAACAGUUCUGACGUCAUAUCCUGUACCCUAAACGGCACAUGGGAACACAGCGACGAUGCGUGCAUUGAAAUCCGUUGCGGCGCACUCCCUGAUAUUCCAAAUGGACGUUGGAUGGCAUCAAGCUUUCUCUUGGGUACUAAUGCCACUCUGCAAUGUGAUAUCGGGUCAACAUUGAACGGAUCACACCUGAUGACGUGUGACGAGAACGGCGAAUGGAAUUUCAAUGGACAGACAUGCGCUAUAAUUGAUUGUGGGACACCUCCGUCAAUAUCACACGGACAGUUGGUCAGCGCUGGGACAACUUUUGGACAGACGGCCGUAUUGGAGUGCGAUGAGGGGAGGGUACCCGUUGGAAUCAAGGACGUUGUAUGUGGAGUAAACGGAACGUGGGAAACUGGCACACAGACCUGUGAUCUGAUUGACUGCGGACAUCUGCCCGCGUUGCCACGUGGUCAUUGGGUUGCAAAUGCAACAACUUUUGGGCAAAGAGCUAAACUCGCGUGCGAGGAAGGACGACAACCAAAGGGGAUAACAACCAUCACGUGUGGACUCAGUGGGAAAUGGAAUAACGGCACACACACAUGUGAUCUUGUCAACUGUGGUCCCCCACCAAGUGUAGCCAAUGGGCAGUGGACUGGCAGAGUUUACACCUGGGGUUCGGUGGUCAGACUGCGUUGUGACCCCGGAAGAACACUCGUCGGAAACCUCACAAUAAACUGCACAGCCCAAGGACAGUGGUCAAGUGAUGGGCAGACUUGUGUCGAUGUUGAUUGUGGAAAUCUGACUUCGGUUUCGUAUGGACAGUGGAUCAGUAAUGGAACAACAUUCGGUCAUACGGCCUCAUUUGAUUGUGGAAAUCUGACUUCGGACUCGCAUGGACAGUGGAUCAGUAAUGGAACAACAUUCGGUCAUACGGCCUCAUUAAAGUGUGAGAUAGGGAGACAACCAAGUGGUCACGGGAACGUCACGUGUGGACACAGAGGAACGUGGAAUGACGACAAACAGACUUGUGAUCUCGUCCGCUGUAGAUUACCUUCCGCUGUAAGAGACGGAUACUUUGGUAUAGCUGAUGACGAUAAUUGUACCAGAACCACGAAUGGGGCGGAAAUAGAUACGUAUUGUUACUACGGUACUGUCGUUCAGCAUGUAUGUGAGACAGGGUGGACCCUUUACGGCAACGAAACUGCUCUCUGUAUGGCAGACGGCAAGUGGUCAUAUGAAGACCAGGUGUGUCGGCAAAAUCCAG